AUGUUCGGCAACGGGCUUAUGGAGACAGCAGUGUUUGGUAAUAGCUGUCGACGACACGCAUGCGCACUUCCUUCAGAUGUUAUUCGGUUCAAUAGUGACACGCGUGGAAACAUGGAUGAGUUCACGAGGGAAGCCCCAACAAAUCCACUAAAAAACGCAAGCAUAUUUUCUCAACUUAUGUUCAGGUGGGUGAAUCCUAUUCUCAGCUAUGGCUACAAUCACACACUGCGGACUGAGGACAUGUAUGAUACUUUGCCAGAUGAUUCGUCUGAACUGUUAGCAAAUAAACUACACAUGAAAUGGGAAGAGGAAAUAUCAAAUAAAAGCAAUGGAAACGAACCAAGUUUAUCUAAAGCAAUUAUUUACAACAUUAUGCCUUCAUUGAUAUCAUCGGGUGUGCUUCGUUUUAUUAAUGAAAGCAUCAAACUGUGUCAACCAUUCUUGCUUGUUAAACUUAUAAGUUAUUUCGCAUUGACCUCACCCAUGGAAUCAAGAGAAGCAUAUUUCUGGGCUUUGGCCAUUGGCGUCUCUUUAGGAUUGAAUACUGUAUUUCCUCAAAUAAACGACUUUCUGUUUCAACGGAUUAGCAUACAAAUGAAGGCUGCAUGUUGUUCAUUGGUUUAUAGAAAGGCACUUAAGCUGAGUAACAAAGCAUUGUAUGAAACAACUACUGGACACAUUGUGAAUAUUAUAUCAAACGACAUUAACAAGUUUGACAAUCUAUUUAGGUUUGUACAUUAUUUAUGGGCCAGUCCUUUGAUAUUCGCCUUUAUAUUUAUACUGGUAUGGAAGAUCCAUGGUCCUUCCUGCUUGCCUGCAUUUGGAUUUGUAUUUGUCAUGGUUCUUGGUCAAGGAUUCAUGGGGAAAAUACUUACUCGCCUAAGGGCAAAAUCUGUUGUACUAACUGAUGAAAGAGUUAGACUAAUGAGUGAAGCUAUUGCUGCAAUGAGAGUUGUUAAGAUGUAUGCGUGGGAGGAAUUCUUCGCAGAACGUGUGCGCAAAAUUAGACAGAAAGAAAUUCAAGUAAUUCAAACUACAUCCACCGUUCUUUCCCAAUUCAUGGGCAACCUACACUGCUUCAUCCCAAGAUUUAUGUUUAUUUUAUUCGUCUUUUCUACUGUGGUUGGCGAGAACACUCUUGAUAUUUUCUUACUUCUUGACGAAGUAGAAAGUGUUUGGCAAAAUUUAAAUAUCUCAAAGAAACAAGAUAGCGUUGCAUGUUUUGAGUGUGUUACUGGCUCAUGGAAUGAAAAAGUAGAACAACCAACUCUUAAAGACAUUAGUUUUCAUGUGACGCCAGGUGAGCUGAUGAUUGUGAAUGGACCGGUUGGUUCCGGAAAGUCCUCUUUGUUAAUGGCGUUAUUAAACGAACUACCAAUAUACCAAGGGAAUUUGACAGUGAAGGGAACUAUCGCGUAUGUAUGUAUGUAUGUAUGUAUGUAUGUAUGUAUGCCCUGGGUAUUCUCAGCAUCACUACGACAAAACAUUCUCUUUGGACGAAGUUACGACAAAACUAAAUACGAGGAAGUACUAGAUAUAUGUGUUCUUGAAAAGGAUAUCCAGGAUCUACCCCAUGGUGACUACACAUUAGUUGGAGAAAGAGGUGUUGCUCUGAGCGGAGGUCAACGAGCAAGGGUUAGCUUAGCAAGAGCUCUGUACUCUGAUGCCGAUAUAUAUCUUCUCGACGAUCCACUAAGUGCUGUCGAUGCUGGUGUUGGAAGACAUAUCUUUAAUAAAGGAAUAAAAAGAUAUUUAUCCUCAAAAAUAUGUAUCUUAGUGACCCACCAACUUCAUUAUGUGAAAGAUGCCGACAAAAUUCUUAACUUAAAAGAGGGCAAAAUGUUGAAAGUUGGCAGUGAAACAGAACCAUCUAGACUAAAUGAUGAAGACUUGUUGAAAAAAAGUAAACAAUCAACAAGCAAACAAACAACAAUAGACGAUGAUAAAUGUGCAUUAGAAUUAUUACAAGUACUCACAGACGUAGAACCGGUGUCAAAGUUGACAUCUUCACUUUCAAGUGGUUCAUCAAACAGCAUGACGUCACACUCAUCUGCCUGGAAUCUGUUAGACGGCGGGACUGGUGAGGGUGUUGUUGAUAUUCAGCGGAUUGAAGAAGAAGAUAGAAGUGUUGGCAUAGUAGAUUAUAAGAUAUACAAAGGAUACUUCAAAGCUGGAGGAAUGCUUUUACUUAUGUUUUCACUGAUAAUUGCCAUGAUUGCUCAGACGGUGAUAAUUUUGACUGAUUGGUGGCUAGUAGUCUGGGCCCAAGCAGAAGGGGAAAAACAUACACUAGACAUGUCGUAUGAAAGCUUAAAUUCUAGUGCUCUAAACCAGACCCACGUCACAUAUUCUGGUUUGGCCAGGGUACAGUACAUUUGCAUAUACACUGGCUUGAUUGUUGGUGUGUACGUAUUUGCAUUAUUUAGAUCGUAUCUCCUAUACAAAAUAUGCGUGAUUGCUUCCAAGAAUUUACAUAACAGAAUGUUCAGAGCUAUCAUCAGAGCACCUAUACUAUUCUUUGACUUGAAUCCCGCAGGUCGAAUAUUGAAUAGAUUUUCCAAAGAUAUUGGUUUUAUGGAUGAUGUACUGCCUAUGAACAUAUGUGAUUAUAUUCAGUCCAUUUGUAUUGUGUUUGGCAGUUUUGCUGUUGCUUGCGUUAUCAACCCUUGGGGACUGAUACCAGUUGUUAUAAUAUUACCAUUGGCUGUGUAUAUCAGACGCUACUAUUUGCAGACGUCCAGAGAUAUCAAACGUCUCGAAGGAUCCACUCGCAGUCCUGUUAUUUCUCAUUUGUCUGCGACUUUGCAAGGACUGUGGACAAUUCGUGCUUUUAAAGCUGAAGAGAUUUUUGAGAGAGAAUUUGACAAACACCAGGAUGUGCAUACAUCGACGUGGUUACUUCUUACGAGUACAACCAAUUGGUUUUGUCAACGGAUGGAAAUGAUAUCAGCGGUGUUCAUCUCAUCCAUGGCAUUUUCUUCCGUUGCUGCUGCAGAAGGACUGUCUCCUGCUUUAGUGGGACUUGCUAUGACUCAUUGUAUGGUAUUAAUGAAUCAGUUCCAGUGGUUAAUGCAAAAAGGUGCCGAAGUCGAAAACCAGUUUCAAAAAAAUAUCCAAUGGCUUUUACAGAUGACAUCACCAGAGAGAGUUGUAUCAUAUUCAAAUAUUGCUCCAGAGGGUGCACUACAUAUCCCACACGUGAAGGAGUCUGACUGGCCUAAGUAUGGCAGAAUUACGAUGGAAGGUGUGUCAUUUAAAUAUUCGGAAGAUUCGCCGAAUGUGUUAAUGAAUAUUAGUCUUACUAUAAAAGCUAAAGAAAAGAUUGGCAUCGUGGGAAGAACUGGUGCCGGCAAAAGUUCAUUGGUUUCUGCUAUGCUUCGUAUGGCUGAACCGAGUGGUACUAUAAAGAUAGACGAUGUUGAUAUCAGCUUAUUAGGAUUACAUGAUUUAAGAUCAAGUAUAUCUAUAAUCCCUCAGGACCCUGUCUUGUUUAGAGGUUCACUGCGUAAAAACUUGGAUAUGUUCUCUGAAUACACAGAUGAUGAACUUUGGAAGUCGCUUGAACAGGUACCAUUGCGAAAUGCAGUGGAAAUAAUGGGUGGACUUGAUGGCGAAUUGUCAGAAUCAGGAUCAAAUUUAAGUGCAGGACAGAGGCAGUUGGUGUGUUUGGCAAGAGCUAUACUACGUAAUAAUAAAAUCCUCAUUAUAGAUGAAGCGACAGCUAAUGUUGACAAAACGACUGAUGCUAUUAUACAGCAGACAAUUCGUACAAGAUUCCAACACUGCACGCUACUAACAAUAGCACAUCGGCUGAACACUGUUAUGGACUCUGAUCGAAUAUUAGUUAUGAGUGAUGGAAGAAUAGCCGAAUUUGAUGAACCACAUUUACUACUGCAAAAUCCUUCUGGAUAUUUGUCACAAAUGGUUGCACAAACUGGUAGGGCUGAGAAACACAAGCUUUGUGAUAUUGCAGAGAAAGCUUAUGGGGAUAAGCAUCGUGUACAAAGACUAUGGAUUACUAACGCAAAGAGUUCCCUCAUACGAAACACAACUGAACUCCUUCAAAUAGAAACAACUUUGUGA